UCGUCCCAACACUCAUUCGGGGUGUGUGUAUAAGAGCAACCAUUUUUUUCCCCAUUUCCUACAUCUGCUCUCCUAACUACAACUAAAUUCCGACAUCGUUUCUCAUAUAUUUUACACAUUUCAGCUGCUCUUCUGAGUUUUUGAUUCUCCGAAGCAUGGACCAGAGGUUGAGGGAUGCAGCUCAAGCAGGAGAUAUUAACGGCUUGUAUCGUCUAAUCCAGGAAGAUGCAACUGUUUUUGAGGCGGUCCAGCAAGUAGGAGAUAUUCGUCAGAGGUUGAGGGAGGCCGCUCAAGCAGGAGAUAAUGACGGCUUCUAUAAUCUAAUCAGAGAAAAUGCGAAUGUUUUGGAGGCGGCUCAAUUACGAGAUAUUGGUCAGAGGUUGACGCGGGCCGCUGAAGCAGGAGAUAUUGGCGCCUUGUAUGCUCUAAUCCGUCAAGAUGCUCGUGUUUUGGAACGUAUCGAUGAGGUGCCUUUUGUUGACACACCAUUACACAUAGCUGCAUCUGCGGGACAUAUUGAUUUUGCCAUGGAGAUAGUGAACUUGAUGGCAUCGUUUACCAGGAAGCUAAACCCAGAUGGUUUUAGCCCCAUGCACCUUGCUUUGCGGAACGAGCAGAUGCUAAUGGUGAUGUGGCUCAUAGACGUUGACGGAAACCUUGUCCGUCUCAAAGGAAAAGGGGGUAUCACUCCUUUGCAUUAUGCAACUGAAAAAGGGAACUUGUCUAUUUUGAAAGAAUGUUAUAAAGGUUGCCCCGAAUCUAUCAAAGAUGUUACCUUUCACGGCGAUACUGCUUUCCACAUUGCAGUAAGGAACCACCAAAAUGAUGCUUUCGAAUUGUUGAUGGAAUGGCUUAAGAAGUCCUCAUUCAAAGAUGCCGAUUUUUGGGAAAGAGAGCUCCUUAACUGGAAAAACGAGGAAGGUAGAACCGUUCUGCACAUUGCUGCUUUGGAGACUGGAUGGAAUGGACAACUCCAGGUAUUAGAAAUGUUGCUGCGAUGUCCCUAUGCUAGAACUGAUAUACAAGAUCUUGCUGGUCAGACAGCUAGGCAAAUCCUGAGAGACCAAGUUGGAUUAACGGAAAAACAAAUUUCGAAUAUGCAAGAUGCCGGUACAAGAUUUUUGUUUCCAUUAUUAUUAUUAUAUAGAAGUGUGAUAUCUCCUAGACAUUCAGUCAAUCAGCUAGAUAACAUGCCGAGGUUAAUGUUUUUGGUGUCGAGAUUUCUUCGGAAGAGCAAAUGGAAAUCGAGUGAGAGGCGCAAUACAGAGCUUGUAGUUGAGACACUGAUUUUAACAGCCAUGCACCAGGCAUCACUGAGUCCUCCUGGUGGUCUUUGGCAGGGUAAUGCUACAGUAGAUAUUAAUUCGCCUAUUCGUGUUAGUAACUCUUCCACUUCUGAAGCAACUUCUCUACUCUUGGCGGGCACAUCAGUGAUGUCUCAGAACGACUUUGAAAUAUUUUAUAUUUUAAACUCUGGCUUGUUUGGCCUAACAGCUCUGCGAACAGUUACAAAUCUUUUGCAAGACUACAGCGGAUUCUCACUUAUUACUACUUUUUCUGUUAAUUGGUUGAUUGGUUCCUACUGGUUUUCAAUGUCAGUCAUAACUCCAGAUAAGAAGGCUAAAGGGUACUUCUUUUUCCAUGUCUUACUUUAUGUCUUUGCUGCAUAUGCGCUUAUAUCGUUCGUAAUCUUUUGUAUUUUGUACAUACUAUUGCCCAAGGAGCCUCAAAUAAAACCCAGAAGACGUCGCCAGAAAAUUCAUGUCAGGAGAGAAUGGUGGCAAUAGAUAUAUAGAUGUCACCUCCCGUUGUUGACGUUUCUUCUUUCAAUAAUAGUUAAUUAAUUAGCUUUCUCUGUGGAUGUUUGCAUAAA